AAAUGAUUUGUGUAUAAACUGGUGCUGAGGCUUCUGUAGUGUUUUCCUCAAGUUUACGCUGUGUGUCUCUUACAAAAGCUUUCGAUUACGUUUUGUUUAUAUCAAGCUUGGUUGCAUAUAAUUAACAACAAACAAAAACUAUUCAAAUAUGUACUUUUUGGAUUUAUUUUAUUUUUAUCUUGUUUCGGUGUAUGUACUUUGACCUUGACCGUGACGUACUUCGAAACAUUUAGCCAUUGGAAAUUGGUUAAUUUCGUAAAAGUACACUAACUAUUUUAAGUUUAACUGCUACUGGUUCAUACACUUCUGUACUUUUUUCUUUUAAAGCGCACGAGGCGAUUGUUAAUUGCUCUUUCAACGCGCGCGCACAGUGAUUGACGCGCUUUUGUGCACUGUCUAGGCCUAGUUGUACUACUAGCAAUAGUAUUAGUACCAGUAGUAGCAUUCGUUCUAAUACUUGAAUCUCUUAACAGUAAAUAGUUUAUACAAGAAGCUGCUCCAUAGGUUUAUGUAUGUUUACAUGUAUUAUUGUUAAACAUCAACAAAAAAUGAAUAGUAAACAAGGUACCACAGUCGAUACACGAUUUUCUUCUGCUACUGAAGAUGAAAGUGAAACUGAGCUCGAAGUUGAAUCUACUGUAAGUGCAGGAUCUCUUUUUCCUGCAUAUUGUGGAAAUGUACCUAGGGCUAAAAAUGAAUCAGCUGGUAGUAGUCAUCAGUUUGAGUGGCUUCAAAAUAAAAGUUUCCCAGGCAGGUCAACAACUGAUUUAGCAAAAUUAGUAGAAGAAGAAAGUGAAGAAAAUCUUACAGAAGAGAAGGAAAACCCAGAAGGUACUGAAGAUUAUUUUAUAACUACUGAGGGCAAAGAAUUCUCAAAGGAAGGAAAGAUAGCUAGGUCCAAGAAGUCUUUGAAAAAAGAAAAGAAAAAUAAACAUAAGCACAAAAAGUACAAAACCAAAUCAAAAUCCUUCAAACCAUCCAUCUCUGAUGAUGAGGACUACGAGACAAAAGAAUCAAUAUACAGCCAGAUGUCAAAGAUGGUGUUCAUUGAGGAAACUGGAUUAGCACCAGAGAGAGCAUUUCACGUUGAUUCAAAGCACGACAGAAAUAAUCUUGCUUUUAGUUCACUCUAUCAUCAACACAUUGCACGUUAUUAUGAAGAAGUAAGGCAUCCAUUAGGAUCAAAUAUAAUUCUGUGGCCACCUGAUAAGGAAAGAAAGAAGAAGAAAAAAGAUAAGCUUCGUUAUUAUAGUAAAAAAUAUGCUUUACUUUUACAGGAUGUUGAGAAUGUUCUGGAUUUGUCAGUGCAAUCUUUACAAAAGAGUGUAGCUUUGAAAGAUUAUGUACCACUUUCAUUGUCAGUUAAUGAACAAGGAUUUUCCAAGUUAAACUCAAUCAAUUCUAAAGAAUAUAACUGUUUUAAUCCUCUUGGUGUGUAUGAUUCAAGUACAGUAUUAUAUCUUCAAGGGAAAGGUAAAGAAUCAGAAGUCGGUAGUAGUUCUUCCUUGAAGCCCACAGAGAAGCAGUGGUUAUAUCAAAAGACUGAAGAGUUCAAUAAGUACUUAACAGAACAUCCAGGGGAUGAGCAAAAGUGGUUGGACUUUAUUGAUUUUCAGGACAUUGCUGCUGCUGCUAUGUUUGAAAACCAUACGCUAAGCAGUACAGAACUUGAGAAAAGCAAAAGAAAAAAUCAAAACCUUAUGGUAACUGAGAAAAAACUUGCAAUAUUGGAGAGUGCCUUAAAAAGUAACCCUUGCUCUAUUCGUCUUGCUGUGUCGAGGUUAGAACUAGGACAAAAUAUUUGGGAAAUAGAAAAACUUUUACAAGAAUGGAAACAAUUGAUAUUUCAUAAUCCUAAUAGCUCAUAUCUGUGUCAAAGAUACAUUACUUUUGUGCAGACACAACUAAGUUAUUUCACUGUGUCCAAAACUGUCAAGGUCUAUAGUCAUUGUUUAAUGACACUAAAUAAAAUCUUAGAAGGCAUUUUUGUAUCUCAUACUGCACCAGAAGACUUGGAAGAAAAUAUGCUUGAUAUAUUCUACCACUUCUGUUCUUUUCUUCACCAAUGUGGACAGACAGAAAGAGCGGUGGCGUCGUUUCAAGCUUUAGUUGAAUUCAAUAUGUAUACUCCCAAAUCUCUGACGUUGAAAGCAUCUUUAUCAGACUGGAUAGUGCUAUUUGAACCUUUCUGGGACAGUGGAAGUCCAAGAUUUGGUGAAGAAGGUGCUUUGGGUUGGGCAACAGUAAUUACAGAGAAAAAUAUUGGUUCAAACUUUGCGUAUAAUCCUGAUCUAAACAAGAAUGAAGAUGAAAUAUUAAAUAGAUGUCUGUCUAAGAGUGAGACAUGGCUUCACUUUGAAAAUCUACGUGAAGGGCAUUAUUGGUUACCCUGGCGUCCUGGAUCAGGCUCAGCCAAUAAUGAUGAAACUUGUGAAGAUCCAGAAAGGAUGGUACUUGUUGACGAUGUCAGUAAUGUCUUAUUUAGAUUGAAGUCUGAAAGCACCAAAUUUUAUCUUGUUUUGUUGUUCUUGCAGUUUCUUGGAGUACGCACUCACAAUCAUUCCCAUAUAGCAUGUAGUCGGAGUCUUUGUCUGUGUCCUACCUUGGUGCACAACACUCCAAUUGAACAACAGUAUUCAUUCCAUUCCUCAUUUAUAUUUCUUUGCAACAAACAAACAUUUCAGCCAUUCAAACAGUUUCUUGUUCAUAACACUGACCAGUUUGAAACUUUUAUAACUAGAAUAUUUGAACAGUCUUUACAAAUUUUUAGUCAUGAUUUACAGAUAGAACUGCUAAUUUCUUGGUUUCAAUACACUAUUGAUUCUCUUUUCUACAUAUCAAAACAAGUUGACUCUAAAAUUUAUAAACAGAAGUGUAAAUUAGCAAGAAAAAAGGCCAAAAAUUUUCUUAAAAAGGAAGUAAAUAGGAACAACUUGACAUUAUGGGAAUGGUAUGGUAAGCUAGAAUGGGCUUGUAAUAAUCGUAAAGAAGCAGAAAAGAUAUUCGAAACAAGUUUUGAAGCUAGUUUGAAUGGAGAGAUUAGCAGUCAGCAGAGAACACUGUGGUCUUUAACAAGAACCUAUAUUGAACUGGAACUUGGUUUAAAUAACAUUCUAUAUUCUAGAAAAUCUUACAUAAGAGAUGAAAGUGAUGAAGCCUUAAAGAAGAAAAUUUUGUGGGUUUUGCUAUGUUUAGGAGGCAGCACAAAGUAUUCUGCUUUCUCUGAGAAAACUUUUGAAGUAGUAACUCCAGUUCGAAUCUUAAAAGCACAGAAUGCAUUCAAAACUAUUCUUGAAGAAGUUCUCCAGCAUGUUUGUCUAAUACAGGAUACUCAAUCAAAUUUUUCAAGUAUAUUAUCUUUUGAACAACCCUGGAAACAAGUAGUGGAUAUUGCAUCUUGCUUUGCUUUCUUUCAGUAUUUCACUCAUGGUUUAGCUGCAGCAGCUAGUGUGUUUGAAAGUUUGUUUACACAACUUGUAAAGAAUGAGAGUAUUCAGUCUGAACUACUUAAGGAGAAUUUAUACGAAGUAUAUAUAAAUCUAAUAGCCUAUGAUAGUCAGCGGCCUCUAGUUCCUCUCAAAUCUCUGAGAUCACAUUUAACUGAAGCACUUACAGCUUUUCCAUCUAACUCCCAGUUUCUUGCAGGCUUGGUAAAUAUGGAGACAAACUCACUAGUGACAGGAAGACUAAGGAGGUUCUUCAAUGAUAUAUUGAAGUUCCCAGACAAGACUUCACCAAUAAUUUGGAUGUUUGCAGUGUAUGCAGAACACAAGAGGCAUGAAAAAAUCUCUAAGGAAAUUGAAUCAGCAUGCAAUGAUAAGAACAUAUCAGGAUCAGUAGUGCCUUCAGUUCCAGACUGUGGAGUUACAUGGAGAAUAAGAUCUCUGUUUGAAAGGGCACUUGAUGAAUCACCUUCACGUCAUUGUGUUGGGUUGUGGAGGUGGUACUUAAAGUUUGAGGUAGAACGACAAAACUAUCAGAGAGCGGAAGUUAUUUUCUAUCGAGCCUUGCAGCAGUGCCCAUGGGCCAAGGAUCUAUAUGUGGAUGGUAUUGCAUAUUUCCCAAACAAAUUGGAGGAAAUCCAUGACAUAAUGAUUGAGAAGGAAAUAAGAGUACGCACGCCACCAGAAGAAAUUGAAAUGUUACAGGAGCAUCAUGGGAAGAGUGGUAAACAUGAAGAUGAACAACAAACUGAAGAGAACAUGUAGGAUUUUGAAAUUUUCCUAUACUUCGCCUUAAACUUAUCAUCUUUUAAAUAAUAUAUAAGAGUUGUACAAAAUAUCUGAAUCAAUGAAAUUUAAAAUAAAAAUUAUACAUCUCAAGUGUAAGUCAAGUUUCAUGUAUGUAUGUCAUACAUAUUAUGUAGAACAAAACAAAAUACAGGAGUUGUUGACAUUGGAGAAAUGGUCAUGUUAAUAUGAAAUGUAGGAGCUGUUGGCAUUAGUGAAAUAGUCGUGUUGGUCAUGUUAAUUAUUCCACACACACUGUAAAGAUUUUCUCAACAGUUUUUAAAAUUGUAUUAUGUAUAUACUUGUAAAUUUGUACGGUACUCAUUGCAAAAUUUAAUGAUGAAUAAACUGUUCUGUCAAAGUUUA